CCCGAGUGUAAUGCAAAAAAAAGGCAUACGAACUAGUACUAUGUAGUCACAUGGUAUCCAUAUGCGAGGUGCCAGUCGCAAACUAACCUUCAUCCAGUAACGUUCACACCGGUGAAUUCUAUUGCAGGGAACGGAGGUGACACGGUAUUCUAGUGGCGAGCGAACUAGACUAGAUCAGUACGUCUGCGAGUCGUCGCUCUAAGUAGGCCAUUCUUAGAAGCUAACCCCCGGGGGGCGUGUGUGCGUUUACGUGUCUAUCUGCAAUGUGCACCGGCAAGCCAAGUGCAGCUCAACCUUCACACCGUUUAUAAGCAGGGAAAGUGUUUCUACCACGUGCCAAGAGCAUAACUCUGUGUGUGUGCGCGGGUGAAAGUGUUCAUUCUUUGAAGAAUGUCCUGCGCGGGAAGAUCCUCAAGAGUGUUACUCGCCCAAUGGCUGUUAGUGUGCCUAACGUGCAGUGAAGCGCAAUGUCUGGCCGGUGUGAGCCACCGGUUCAAGAUGGCAACACUGCUUGACUCUAUCUAUCCACCCUGGACGGAUGGUUGUUUGCCGCGUGAAGCAACCGUGGGCAAAAUAGACGAUCAGGCACCGAUCGUCGAACAUCUACCGGUUGACUGGGAUAGACUGAUGCUAUCGGCAAACGAUAGUGCCGCUACGCUGCAGUCUAACCUUACCGAUAUGGACUAUUUGCUGGAGCUGGCAGAUCACACACUGGAUGACAGUAUACCGACUAAAGAUGAGAUCGGCACUACGGAAGCAGGUUACAUCACGACCCUGAACAGGAAGAUGUUUAGCAUCAAUGUGCCCUUUAACCCGGCGUACAGUGACCGUGUGUCUGCUGAAUGCAAGCGUCAAUCUGCUGUAUUUUUUCGCUCGUACGCCGCAUCCCAUUUGUGGGCGCUCAGAAUGCACGAUGCCAGCGCUAAGGUUGGCCAAGGUAUUCUGAACGGGAAUAUUAAUCAGUACGGUGACUUCGACCAGUGCCUUAACAUUCAGCAACCUCUCCAGACUGAUGGAGGGGGGGAAACGAUCCGUGGACGCUACUGUAUGGCUGAGGUACAGCCGACAAUUAAACCGAACACGCACGUACUGAAGCAUCUGUUCGAUUUGAUCCAGGCGCACGGUAUGCUGAAGAGCAAUUUGAAUGAUCCCGGUCAUCGUGUUCCCCGCUUCUCAACCGUACACUGGGCAUUGUGUGUACCGGCCGGCUGUACCGCACAGGACAUCCAGUUAUCGCUCGGUGAAUUUCUACGCCAAUACGUCAUCGAUACCGGGCUGCAGACGGAGGUAAAGGUACAUCCGGCCCUCUGCCAGACGAAGCACUACAUCUGGCGCGAAUACUUCACCGACCGGACCAUGCUCGUAUGGUACGGAUUCCUCCUAUACGGGUUGCUAGUGCUCGCCUCCACACUUUACGAUCUAAAGUUCCAGAACAAAGUGGAAUGGUUCACGGUGUUUUCCCUAAUCAAAAACACCCGAUCGAUACUGAGCUUGAAGGAGGAGCGAAACGAUAUCGCUUGUAUCCAUGGGAUCCGAUUCCUAAACGCAAUGUUGCUGCUGAUUGCCCACAAAUCGAUGGCACUGUUCUUCAACCCGUACGUCAAUCGGACGGAAAUGAGUGAGGUUUUGGGCCAACCAUGGACCGUUAUUGGUCGGGCGGCAGCCAUCUUUACCGAUCCGUUUAUCAUGUUCAGUGGGUUUCUCACCACGUUCUCCUUCAUCGAACGUAUGCAGAAGGGACAGAAGGUACGGCUGCAUCAGGAGUACGUCGGACGGUUGUUGCGCAUCGUACCACCGCUCGGUGCACUGAUCCUGUUCUGCACCUUCGUCCUGCCGUUCCUGAGCAAUGGACCGCUGUGGAAUCUGGUGGUGACGAACCAUGGCGAUAUCUGCAAGCAGUACUGGUGGCGCAAUAUGCUGUUCAUCCAUAACUACUUCGGUUUCAAGAACAUGUGCCUCACGCACACGCAUCACGUCGGCAUUGAUACGGAGCUGUUUUUCGUUGCGCCACUGUUCAUCUACUGCGUGUGGAGGUGGCCACGGCGCGGUAUGAUUGGUUUGGUGUCGAUAGCCCUUCUGACGACCGUCCAUCGGUUCUACGUGACGUACAGCAUGCGGUUGGCUAACUACGUUUACUACGGAACUUCGGUGAAGCAACUGUUCGAUACUGCCGACUUUAUGUACACACUACCAUACUUUCGCGUUACCGUCUAUCUGAUGGGUGUAAUGUUAGGAUACGUUUGCUCGAAGUAUAAAACGAUGAAACUCAGCGAGAAACAAAUGAAAGUUGGAUGGUACGUUAGUACACUUUCGAUUGCAAUCGCAUUCUUCGGACCGGCACCAAUGGGCUCGAUGCAUUACGUUUAUAACCCGCUGCAUGCGGCCAGCUAUGCUGCAUUCUCCCCGAUCGCUUGGUGUCUAUUCUUUGCGUGGACCGUCUUCACCGCACAUCUAGGCUAUCGAAACUGGGUAAUAGAUAUGUUCUCGUGGCGUGGUUUUCGCAUCACCACCAAAAUAUCGUACGCCAUCUACCUGACACAGUUUCCGAUCUUCUUCUACAACGUUGGACGCACACGAGCGCCACAAUUUUUCGAAUUCUUGCCGGAAGUGAUCUUCAACACCAACGAGUAUCUUGUUGUGUUUUUGUCAUCGUUUCUGCUGACGGUUUUGUUUGAGACACCGUUCAUUAACGUAAAGAAGAUGCUGUUUAGCAGCAACCGGCACGCGAAAGCUGCGUCGAAGGAACCCGGUAGCGUUACCAUCGACGAACCGCUGAUCGACGGCCCUGUUUGCAGCUCCAGCGUGGACGAGAAUAAAAACAGUAGGUCUAAUCAUCGGUUUGAAUAUGACAAUAGUAAAUUAAAUGGUUAGGUGAUAUUUA